GUGUGUGUGUGCGCGCGCGCAUGUGAUGUGUGUGAGCGUCUCUACAGGACAGACACUCGCGCCGGUGCAGAGAAGCAGGACAGAUAAAGAGAUCCAAUGCAGCCCAUUCAGAGCUGCUCAAUGCCGGAAGGACCUGCUGGAGUCUUAGGACUCCAUAAACCUCCAGUCCAAGCCCUGCUUGCAAAACCCUGCAAACUGCCUGUGUCAUCAAACUGCCAGAUGGUUACAACUGGAAACCCACCAAUGUUGGGACAGACCCCGAUGCCUCAAACAAACCCAGGCAAUAAGGAGAGAGCCAGACCAGAGUCAACAUCACAGUCCACAAACUACAUCAGCAUCAGUCGACCCAGGCCUACAGCACUGGGAACUAAAGCAUCAAUCAAAGUCUCAAGACCAACUGAGCCUUCACUGCAGGUUAAAGCUACAGGAACGGCCAAUUUGCUGUCAAUCUCCCCAACCGAAUCACCAAUGCCUUAUUGCAGCUUUCAAAAACCAAUGAGCCCCACUUCUCAACUCGGAUUCAAUCCACCAUCCAUUCCACCAACACUUCCAAGCCCUCCAUCACAGCCCAUCCGUGCAAACACACUGAAUAACCUAAUGCCCAGACCAGUCUCCAACUCAAACCCUAGCCCUCCACCUAACCCUGUUCCUCAGCUGAUCCCAAGCCAAGACGCACAUGCACCCAAUGCUGGAGACACAACUGACAAAAAACUCAACAAGACUAUCAACGAAGAGGGGGAUUUCAGAGUGCACAUUGUCACAUGGAAUGUAGGCUCUGGUAUGCCACCUGAUGACAUCACUUCCUUGUUUGGUCCUGGCAUUGAAAAUGGAAGCACUGACAUGUUUGUCGUUGGACUGCAGGAAGUGAACUCCAUGAUAAACAAGAGGCUCAAAGAUGCUCUCUUCACAGACCAGUGGAGUGAGCUCUGCAUGGACACACUCAGUCGAUUUGGAUAUGUGUUGGUGGCUUCUCAAAGAAUGCAGGGGGUGUUUUUGCUGGUGUUUUCCAAAUUCUGCCACCUUCCCUUCCUCAGAGGUGUACAAACCCAAAGCACACGCACCGGCCUGGGAGGAUACUGGGGGAAUAAAGGAGGUGUUAGUGCACGCAUGAUGGUUUUCGGACACCCCGUGUGUUUCCUGAACUGCCACCUCCCGGCGCACAUGAGAAACCUGGAGCAGCGCAUGGAGGAUUUUGAGAGCAUCCUUCAGCAGCAGCAGUUUGAGGGCGGCACUGCUGUGGGCGUCCUGGAUCAUGAUGUGGUGUUCUGGUUUGGAGAUCUGAACUUCCGGAUCGAAGGUUAUGAUAUUCAUGUGGUGAAAAGUGCCAUUGAGAACGACAAACUGCCUCUAUUGUGGGAGAAAGAUCAGCUCAACAUGGCCAAAAAGAGUGAAUCCGUCCUGGAGGGAUUUAUAGAAGGACCUCUCAAGUUUCCACCAACAUAUAAGUUUGAUGUCGGGACACACACGUAUGACACAAGUGCUAAAAAGAGGAAGCCUGCAUGGACAGAUCGGAUCUUGUGGCGUCUGCGCAGGACAGGCUCCCCCGUACCAUCCCAUAAUUCAGCUCUGCAGCGUGGUUUGACCUCAUGGCUUGGCGGAGCCACCAGAGUCUCUCAGCACUUCUACCGCAGUCACAUGGGCUUCACUAUUAGUGAUCACAAGCCAGUGUCUGCUCUCUUCUCUUUGCACUUUCCCUUUAAGGUGACCUUGCCAUUAGUGACACUGGAAGUGGAGAAAGAAUGGACCAAGUUCUCUGAUGCGACAGUCAAACUCACAAUGGCACAUGGCUUUCAGAGGAGUUCAUGGGACUGGGUGGGCCUGUACAAGGUGGGAUUCAAACACCACAAGGAUUAUGCUGCAUAUGUAUGGGCCAAAUCUGAGCAUUCAACGCAGGUGGUGUUUUCAGAGGAGGAUCUGCCUAGAGACCCGGGGGAAUAUAUUUUGGGAUAUUACAGUAACAACAUGAACAGCAUCGCAGGAGUAACAGAACCAUUUCAGGUGCAAUUGCCCAUGUCCACUCCACCAGCACCAGCUUGUCGUUCACGCUCUGACAGUUCGGAUAUGAGCUCUGAAGAUGACAGUACGCUGGUCCUGUUGGCCCCGAGCUCUCGCAGCCCCAGCCCUGGAAACCACAGCGGCAAACGCCACCACCACCAGAAGCGCCAGCGGAGCCGCAGUCCCGCUGUAACAGCACUCUCCAGCACGCCUCUUCCGUCCCUGCAGUCUCUCAGCCUGUGUCCUCGUCCCCGAGAUGGUCCCCAAAAGACCUCCUCCCCACGCCCUUCAACCAAUGCUAAGAAGGAGCGUCUGGUUUCUCCGGACUCAUUAACCUCACCCUCCCUCAGUCCUCUUAGUCCGAGGAGCCCAGGAUCACCUGGAAAUGGCGUCAGUGCUCCAGAGGCUCUCGUAGCAGCCAUUUUAGGAGAGCCCAGACCUGCUCAAAUAGGAAAACCAGGUGAUGUGAUUCUAUGA